CGCUCCGCCCCGCCCGGCCCCGCCCGGGAGCUGGGUCCGGAGUGCCUGGUGGGCUGAUUCCGGAGCGUGGAAGGGAGCACGGAGGCGAUAGGGAGGUGGCGGCGGCGACAAGAGACAGGGAGGAGGGAGACGCUCCUCGCUGCUCUCCCAAGUCGGUGCGGAGCCGCCUCGGGCCGGGCUGAGGUCUACGCGGUGGCGGCGGGGCCGAGCCAGCAUGCGGGGCUCCCGGGACCGCGUCGGGCGGGGCGGACGGCGGCGCCGGGCGGCGGGAGGGAGCUGUCCGCGGUGCUGAAGCGGAGGCGGCGGCGGCAGCGACCCGGGUCCAGGAGCAGAAGCUCCCUUUUGGGAGCUCCACCGCGACUGCGAGGCAGGGGCGCCAUCGCUCACCCGCCCAUGCUGAGCCCCCAAGCCCCGCAGAGGAGGCGGGACCAUCCUCGGCGGGACAGGCUCUCUGAGGACUGCUCGGCUGGCCCAGGCUCCUCUCCCCAGAGUUGCCCCCAGAAGCAUGGAAAGUCUGAGUGAACUGCAGAACCCACUGCUGCCUCGGAGCCCCACACACCUCCGCGGCCCCUACCCCUAUCCUGAGACUUCGCCUGGCUGGUCCUGCCAGGAACAGCUCUACUCCUACCUCCUGGGGGGCGCCAGCCCCACUCACGCCCACCAGCUCCUGGACCCAGGGUCCCUGCAGCUAGCGGUGGAGACCUGGUACAGACCCAGCUGCCUCCUGGGGAGGGACAAGGUCAAAGAGCCCAGGGCAGGCAGCUGUGAGACCAGCUUCACAGAGAGCAGGCAGCCCCAGACUGGGCCCGUGGAACGGUCUGCAGAGCCUGGGCCAGCAGAAGAUGUCACCAUCCAGACGGUGUCCUACGGGGUCCAAGAAGAGCUGCAAGGCCCGGAGGAUGACCAGGAGGAGGAGGAGAGUGAUGUGACGUCAACAGAGAGUGAAAGUGAAGACCACUUCCUCACGCUGCCUCCCAGGGACCACCUGGGUCUUACUAUCUUCUCCAUGCUCUGCUGCUUCUGGCCACUAGGCAUUGCCGCCUUCUACUUCUCCCAGGGGACCAGCAAGGCCAUCUCCAAGGGGGACUUCCGUCUGGCCAGCACCACCUCCCGCCGGGCCCUCUUCCUGGCCACACUCUCCAUCGCUGUGGGGGCCGGUCUCUAUGUGGCUGUGGUGGUGGCUUUGGCAGCCUACAUGUCCCAGAAUGGCCAUGGCUAGUGGCCAGUAGGACCUGACAACUGACUCCCCUGCUCUAUGAGGCUUGGGGUCGCAGACUCUCUGGAGAACCCUGGCCCCUGAAGACACCCCACGAGAGUGGCUUGUUGGGGAAGGACUCCCCAACUGCAGCCUGCAGGGCUCAAUCUUCACCUCUUCUGACCCGCUGCCCCUCGCCCAGGCUGUGCUGGGAAGCCGGCUAGGGCUGCCCACCAGGCCAUCCAGGCAGGGCCUGCCUUUCUGACUUGAGGCCAGCUAGGAGCUCAGCCCAUCAUUUCCUUUCCCCCCGGAGGGCCUCCUGCCCUGCAGGCAGCCCACUAGCCAGCUCUGCCAAUCUCUCCACAGAGAGCAGGAAGUACAAGGAGAAAGGGAAUGCCUGAGGGACAGGGGACCUAGUCCAGCCCUUCCAGCCCAGAGGGGUUGCCACCCUGGGGACGCCUACACUGAGCCAGCAUCAUCCCAGGUAUACAUCCUAUCAGCGCUAGAUCAGCCCUUUGGGAAAUGCAAUGAGAACAGACCCUGGGGAGUAGUGAGUAUGGAUAAGGGGAGGGAGACUGGACCGGCAUGGGGGCUCAGCAGCAAGCCGCACUCAGGAAGGCUUCCUGGAGGAGAUGUCCCCUGAGCAAGGUCUAAAAAGUUAAAAGAAAUUUGUUUUCCCAUAACCUGUGGGAUCAUGGAAGGGGGCAUGGCAGGAACCUCCUAAGAGGGUUCUAAGCAAUUGGGUUUAACCUCGAGCACCCAAGCUACAUCCAGGCUACAGCCAAACUGCAACCAUUUCUGAGAGGACCGCUGGGCAGGCUUGUUUCUCAAAGACCAGCGAUGUUUCCCCAUCUCUGAAUGCAGACAGAGAGGGUGACCUUUGGACUUCUUCACUGAUGUCCCUGCUCAGAGAUGCUCUCAACAUACCCAGUCAUUAGGGAGACACAGAAUUUUAGACAGGAGGGCAGCAGACUGGGAGGCAAGCCUGUCUAGGCUCAAGUUAUAGGACCCACUUGUGCAUGAUUUGGGGGAUCUGGUCAUUCCCAGACCCCCUCCAGAGCCCUGGACUGUGAAUCCACCCCUGACCCCCCUUCUCUCACAUCCUCCUCCACCCCAGGCCAUGGCCUAACCCCCCAAUCCCUGCAUCCCUUGCAGCCCCACAGACCCAGGAUCAGCAGCAUUAUUGUACAUAUUUAUCCUUGUAAUAAACAUUUCU